GUUGCUGCACAACUAGUAAAGUAACCUGUACUGAAGCGAACUUGCCUGGUCGCUCAUCUGUUGUUCUCAAAUUAAACUAAUUUUACUGUUCAACCAAAAAAAAAAUGUCUGAUAACGCCAGAUGUAUCGGCCCUUUCCAUAGACCUCGCUGUAUAGCUGCAGCAGCACCGGCUGGAAAAGCAAAAUUAACACACCCAGGAAAGGCGAUUCUAGCAGGUGGGAUAGCAGGAGGCAUUGAAAUCUGCAUCACUUUCCCAACUGAGUAUGUCAAGACUCAACUGCAGCUAGACGAGAAAGCCAACCCUCCACGCUACAGAGGCAUCACGGACUGUGUGGCACAGACAGUUCGAGGACAUGGAGUAAAAGGCCUGUACAGGGGCCUUAGUUCUCUACUGUAUGGAUCUAUACCCAAAUCAGCUGUCAGGUUUGGGGUGUUUGAGAUACUGAGUAAUCAGAUGCGUGAUGAGAAAGGGAAGUUGGACAGCACGCGGGGUCUGGUGUGUGGGUUAGGUGCAGGGGUCAUGGAAGCUGUGCUUGUUGUCUGUCCCAUGGAGACCAUAAAGGUCAAAUUUAUCCAUGACCAGACCUCGGGUAAUCCAAAAUACCGGGGCUUUUUUCAUGGCGUUCGAGAGAUUGUUAGAACACAAGGACUCCGGGGGACCUAUCAGGGUCUCACGGCGACAGUGCUCAAACAGGGCUCCAAUCAGGCCAUCCGAUUUUUCGUCAUGACCUCUCUAAGGAAUUGGUACAAAGGUGACAAUCCAAAUAAAGCCAUUAAUCCUUUAAUAACUGGUGCAUUUGGGGCCAUUGCUGGUGCAGCUAGUGUUUUUGGGAACACACCUUUAGAUGUCAUCAAGACCAGAAUGCAGGGUCUGGAAGCCCAUAAGUAUAAAAACACAGUUGACUGUGCCGUACAGAUCAUGAAGCAUGAGGGACCUGCUGCGUUCUAUAAAGGCACGGUGCCGAGGCUGGGCCGAGUGUGUUUAGACGUUGCUAUUGUCUUCAUCAUCUACGAGGAGGUGGUCAAAGUUCUCAACAAAGUCUGGAAAACAGAGUAAAUGAGCCUACAGAGGAGAGGAGAGGAGAAGAGCAGAGAGGAGAGGAGGUGCGGAGAGGAGGUGCGGGGAGGAGACGAAACGAGGAAAGAGAAGAAGGAAACCAACACGCAGGAGCAGAGUCUGAGACGUAAUCACUGUGCCAGUGGAUUCUGGGAUAUAUCUAGAAAAAAAAAAAGGCAGUGCUCUAAGCAAAGCUUAACAUAAUGUGUAGCAGCUCUAUAACUCAUCUUCUGUUAAUCUACAUCCAGUAUCCUAUUGGUCCAUUUUGGGAUGGAUUUUUGCAUCUCAGACAUCUGUUUGGUUCACUUACUCAUUGUAUUUGCAUAUUUAUUUCUUACUGGUCCACUCAUAAAAAUAUGCACAUGCAGAGCCUUCUAUUUAAGUGUGGACCUAUUAUAGUAUUUCAGUGGUAAGAAUCAAAAGUGUAGCCACAUAACUGUAGAUUUCAAUAGGCUGAAAGAGAUUUUAUUGUGAUAUUGUUUACCAGCUUGUCAUGAAAACUUUAACCAUGAUGUGCCAAUUCCCUUUAAUGCCUCUUGUAGUGGUUGUAAGUUAGAUUUGUAAAUUGUAAAUUAGAUUUUAAUGGGUUUUGGGACCAUUCAGCUAUAUCAAACCAAACGCAACACAACACAACACACACACACACAGAGCUAUAGACGCAUACACUGUGAUAUGGCAGCGCAGUGAAAAAUUUGCUUACAUAUGUGAAGGAACCAAGAAUAACCAUCUCGCUCUGAAACUGGAGAUAUGUAACUAACACAUUAACAUAAACUAUAUUAGAGCUUCCAUUGCAAUGUAUUUCACUUUGAAUGUGUAAACAGCUCCUCAUGCUGGCCACAUAUUUAAAAUUUUAAAUGUAAAAAUUGAGUAAAGAAUCUGUCUACUCAAUGGGAGGUAUGUUAAACAGCUAAAAAAAAAAAGUAAGAGGUUUAGUAACUUAUUUUGAGUGUUGACAUGUUUAGAUGCUAGUCCUCUAAGUAUCAGUGAACUUGGGGGGGGAGGAGGGGGGCGGGACAGGAAACUGACAAUGUUCAGUGACGUAAUGGACUAGUGUACUUUACGUUUAACAGUGAUUGGAAAUUUAAUCAUUUUCGUAUUUCAGCAAAGCUGCUGUUAAUGCUUUCUCUCUUUUUUUUUUUAAUUUUGUUACUUGAUUUAAAACAAAAUGGCUUUAGAGUGAUAUAGAGUGAAUAAAGAGUGAAUGAAUAAGGUAGGAGCACUUUCUAACUUUAAACAAAUCAAUGGGGCCUUUUUGCUGCUUU